AUGCAGAUCCGAAUUGGGCGACAGCCAAGAGGUCUCCAACUCAGAAACGCCGGCCAGUACUCAAAACUCGAAGGAGGCCUCAUGCUCAGACAAGCAAGAACUGAUUGGAUCGGUGCGACGGGUGAAGCGAGCGUAUGCGCCGGGCUGUGUUGGACGGACGACAAGCACAAUUAUGGCCAGCAAGAAGAACGUACAAAGUUCAAGGCCGAGAAGAGCGACUUAAUCUUGCAACACACCGAGCAGAUCAAGUCCAUGGAUUCCCGUCAUGAGGACCAGAUUAACAACCUCAAGGCCAAACACAAAGAGAUCUUGGUUGCUUCCCUCACCGAAUUAGAUUUACGUCGGACCCGCAAAUUCGAGAGUAACCUCAGUGCCCUGCAAGAGAAACAUCUGGCGGAGAUCAAUGAGAUCAAGCUCGAUCAUCAGAAACAGAUCAAGGCUAUCACCGCCAAUCCUGAGACCUCGGGCGGCCCAAAGAGCGGCACUCCGGAUGGGGAUUCAAUGAUCACAUAUCCCUCAGAACUGGCAAAGAUCAAAAGCAGCUAUGAGGAGAAGAUCGAGAUGCUCAAGCUACAGCAUCAGACUGACCUUAAUGCCCUAGAGGAGAAGUUCUUGAUGUCAAGCUUAUCUGCUGACUUGCGCAAAGAGCAACAAGCCAACCAACGUAAAAUCAACCUUCUAACUGACGAGCUAGGUGAGUGA